AUUCCAACCAAAGGUUGGAGAUUGGACAGUGUCCGAAAUGUUCAUUGGAACUCUUCUGUCACAAGCACCGAGCAGCAGGUUGCCAGAGCACUAUUCCAUCCGGGUACUGGUGAUGGCCUGGCUUAUCUUCGCCUUCAUCAUAGGGGCAGCUUACAGAGGCAACCUUAUUGCAUCGCUCACUUUGUCCAAAUCUCCACCGAGAGCUGAAACUAUAGAUGAAAUCAACAAGGCAUUUGAUACUAUACUUACGCCAACCCAUGGAAAUGAGUUCAAGAAGUUCUUCGAGAUGCCUGGCUCAGCCAAAACCUUCCAAGAACUUGCCCGUCGUAUGGUGAUUGGAACGCCAAUCAUGCCAGGACUUCGAGCAGCUCUCACGGGCAAGGUAGCAUACAUGGUUGGAAGACGCUUCGCCGCCUUCCACAUCGCCCAGUACUUCACCAACGUCGACGGAAGCACAAAACUGUACUUGGCUCGCGAGGACGUGCUGGCGGGCAAGGCAGCUUGGGCCAUACCUCACGAUGCCCCGUUCCAGCCACAGAUCGACUCUCUGAUGAUGGCUGCCAUAGAGACCUUGACCUCUGCCAGGGAGGACUGUACGAGAAGUGGAACGAAGACAUCCUGUCCGAGGCGAGACUGGAGAGCCAGCGUCGCCAAAAGAAGAUUGCAGAAGAGCAGACCGAAGCACUACAAGAAAGGAGCACCAGUGACAGCAGCGUGCAGCCAUUCACACUCAUCCAUACGCAGGGUCCCUUCAUGCUUCUUAUCCUGGGGCUCUUGGUGUCCACCUUGUCCUUUGCUGGAGAGAUUUUGGCUCACAAAAUUAUGUAGACGGGGAUUCUCGAAUACAAUAUUGUAGAACAUAUUGAGAAAUAAAGUAAGAAGUGUU